UCCUGAGGAUGAGCUCUGUUGCUCUGUAUGUAUGCAUGCACAGCUUCUCGAGAGUGUCCCAUCUGCAGGAGAAAGUCCUCUGUGGAAGUGCCUCCUGUAAACAUGGCCUUAAGAAGCAUUGUGGAGUUGUUCAAGAGUGACACUCACUGUAGUCUUCAUGGGGAGAAACUUCUCUUCUUCUGUGAACACGACAAAGAGCCUCUGUGUGUCGUCUGUCAGACUUCAAAAAAACACAGAAAUCACACGGUCUGUCCAGUGGAAGAAGCCAUACUGGGUCUGAAGGAGGAAAUCAAGCCUGAACUUAAUCUUAUUAAAGAAAAACUGAAGAGGUUUACUGAGGCUGAACAAGAAUGCAUGAAAACAGCAAAACAUAUCCGCAGUCAAUCCCAGCACACAGAUAAACAGAUAAAGGCAGAGUUUAAAAAGCUCCACCUGUUCCUGAGAGAGGAAGAGGAGGCCAGACUAGCUGCACUGAAGAAGGAGGAGGAGGAGAAGAGUCAGAUUAUUAAGGAGAAGAUAGACAAUGUCACAAGACACGUCUCCACCCUUACAGACAAAAUGACAGUUAUAGAGAAGGCCAUGGACACAGAAGACACCUCCUUUUUAAAGGACUACAAGAACAUCAAGGAAAGAGCCCAGUGCACACUGCAGGACCCAGAGCUGCUCUCAGGGGCACUGAUAGAUGUGGCCAAACACCUGGGCAACCUGAAGUUCAGAGUCUGGGAGAAGAUGCUGGGGAUGGUGCAGUACACACCUGUGAUGCUGGACCCCAACAAUGCAGCCCCCUGGAUCUCUCUCUCUGAUGAUCUGACCACUGUGAGAUACACAGGUACAUACCAGAAAUGUCCUGACAACCCAGAGAGGUUUGGCAAAUAUGGGCUGGUGCUGGGAUCUGAGGGGUUUACCUCAGGGAAACACAGCUGGGAGGUGGAGGUUGGGAACAAACAUGCCUGGACUACAGGAGUGGUGAAAGAGUCCAUCAACAGGAAGGAAAGCCUAACAUGCAGCCCAGAGAGUGGAUUCUGGGUCUUAUCGCUGAUGAAUGGUGAUGAUUACAGAGCAGGUGGAGUUACUGCCCUCACACUGAAGAGGAAACCCCAGAGCAUCAGAGUGGAGCUGGACUAUGACAGGGGGGAGGUGUCCUUCUUCGACUCCAGUGACAUGUCACUCAUCUACACAUUCACAGACACAUUUACUGAGAGAGUCUUCCCAUACUUCGGUCCCGAUUCGAACAAAGAUGGUAAGAAUGAGGGACCCCUGCAAAUAUGCCCAGUAAAAGUUUCCAUAACAGUGACAUCAUCCCAGUAAACGCGUUUGUUAAAAAAUAACAAACGAGAGAUGUUGUAUUUCCAUGUAAUUUUGGUUGUUUGUAAUGGGUCUCAGCAUGCUUGGUUGUUGACCUGAACUGGGGUAGACUUGCUGGAGAACUGAAGGGGGCAGCUGAUGAUCUACCAGAACCAAAUAUGAGGCAGACACACACACACACACACACACACAGAAACGUAACAAUGACCAUUUGCUCAAUGCAAUCUGCCUCAGUGUGUAUGAAUGUUGAUUUGGGAUGGACCUGCUGAAGAUGUGGAAGGACAAAAGGGGAUGUUUUAAUUGUCUGUCAGAAGGGAGCAGACAUGCAUACAGUGACCAUUUGGUUAGCUGCCACCAUCUUGGUUAAUUUUGUUCUGUGAAAGGGGUAUAAAGCUGGUGCUUGAACAAUGCUGUAUUAUACUUGAUCUGCCUGCUUUUAUCCAGUUUCGUGCUGUAAUGGAGACUAUAUUUCCUUUUUGUGAUCUAAACUUUGGAAAUACAAUUUUUAAUAGGAGUAAAUGUAUUCACACUGAAAUAGUACU